GGGGGAGGGCAGCUGCGUGAGAGCCGCCCGGCAGGGCCACGCUCGGGUCUGGAGGCUCCCGGCUUGGCGAGCCCCAGCUUCCGAUGCAACCCGGGGCUGUGCCUGCGACUGCUUCUUGCGGGGCCGGGGCGUCUAUUCCCGGGUCUGGGGGUCGCACUGAGCAGCGCACGCUUCCUUAGGGUGGCUCGGCACCUCCGGCUCCGCACCUCCGGCUCCUGCUCCCGGCCCCGCGGGGUGCCUGUCCGAGUCCCGAGCUCUGGGUAGCCCGAGGACACCGGGCUGGGCAGGUGCCGAGCGAGAGCGCCGCCUCGCCCUCCCCCUUCUCGCCGGGCUGAGCCGCUGCGGAGGCGCCUCUGCUCCAAGUGCUUUCCCAACGCGUGCAAAAGCCGCGGGCGUGGGACCGGCAAGCGGGGCGCCCGGGCACUGCCGCCUGCACUCCGCCCUGCAGCCCCCAGCCCGCCCGCCUGGAGCCCUCGUUGACGUCACAGAGUAAAGGGGACCGGAGGCGGCCCCAGUGACCCCACCCCCCGCCCUAGUCCGGCUUUCAGGGUAGCCCUGUGGGGCUGCGGUCCGAGACGGUUCCUCUCUGACAAUAAAGCGUCCUCCCCGCUUGUGCUAAGCACUGGGAGUAAAAAGGGGCUUGAGGUCAACUGCAAAAAAAGAAUUGCAAGUGGGGUGUUGGCGGGUGUUGGCCAGUUUGUGCAGACACUCACCAGCACCUCCUGCAGGCGGGGCCCAGCCGCUAGGGCUCCCAGGGAUGAAUGAGAAGUUGGGGUGAAGAAGCUGUCUGGAGAGAGCAGCUCUGCUUCUGUCCCACCCCGUUCCCUCCCCUGGGCGCCUGCAGGAGAAGUAAUUAGGUUGAGCUUUUAAUCACCGCUGUGGCAGGCAAGGAAAAGGGAAGGCAGGGGGCCACAGGGUCCGCCCCUGUUUCUAGGUGCCUUCCUCUGGGAGCCCCUGCAGGCCCCCCAAGCGUGGCUAUCAGUAACCUGUUUUCUCAUCUCUCGGGACACUGGGUUCCCUAGGAGCUGCCCCCGGCUUAAUGAUUGCCCAGAGGUGGCUAUAAAGAGAGGCCGUGCAGCGGAGGGCACCAGGAACGCCUAGCUCAGCAGAUCUGGGUCCCGCGGAGCAGCGGGAGAGGGAGCUGGGAGCAGAGGCUCGGCGACCGAGCGGGCCUGGCGGCACCAUGGCAGCCCAGGGCUAUGGCUACUAUCGAACUGUCAUCUUUGCGGCCAUGUUCAUCGGCUACAGCCUGUACUACUUCAACCGCAAGACCUUCUCCUUUGUCAUGACCUCUCUGGUGCAGGAGAUCUCUCUGGACAAGGAUGACCUGGGCCUCAUCACCAGCAGCCAGUCGGCAGCCUACGCCAUCAGCAAGUUCGUGAGCGGGGUGCUGUCGGACCAGAUGAGCGCCCGUUGGCUCUUCUCCUCGGGGCUGCUCCUGGUCGGCCUGGUCAACGUUGCCUUCUCCUGGAGCUCCACCGUGUCCAUCUUCGCAGUCCUCUGGUUCUUCAAUGGCCUGGCACAGGGCCUGGGCUGGCCCCCGUGCGGGAAGGUCCUGCGGAAGUGGUUUGAGCCGUCGCAGUUUGGCACGUGGUGGUCCGUCCUGUCCACCAGCAUGAACCUGGCGGGGGGGCUGGGGCCCAUCCUGGCCACAGUGCUGGCCCAGAGCUACAGCUGGCGCAGCACACUCGCCCUGUCGGGGGCGCUGUGCGUGCUCGUCUCCUUCCUCUGCCUCAUGCUCAUUCGCAACGAGCCCGCUGAUGUCGGCCUCCGCAACCUGGACCCCACACCCUCCAAGGGCAAGCCAGGCUCCCCGAAGGAAGAGAGCACCCUUCAGGAGCUGCUGCUGUCCCCCUACCUGUGGGUGCUCUCCACCGGCUACCUGGUGGUUUUUGGGGUGAAGACCUGCUGUACUGACUGGGGCCAGUUCUUCCUCAUCCAGGAGAAGGGGCAGUCGGCCCUCGUGGGUAGCUCCUACAUGAGCGCCCUGGAAGUCGGGGGCCUUGUGGGCAGCAUUGCCGCGGGCUACCUGUCGGACCGGGCCAUGGCAAAGGCUGGUCCGUCCGUCUAUGGGAACCCCCGCCACGGCCUGCUGCUAUUCAUGAUGGCUGGCAUGGCCGUGUCCAUGUACCUCUUCCGGACAACUGUGACUGGGGACGUCCCCAAGGAUGCUGCGCUCUGGACUCCGGCUCUCCGCCCUCUCGCUGAGCUCUCAGGCUUUACAGAGCACGAGCUCUGGAUCCUCAUACUGGGAGCUGUGUUUGGCUUCUCCUCCUACGGUCCCAUCGCCUUGUUCGGAGUUAUCGCCAAUGAGAGUGCCCCUCCCAACCUGUGUGGCACUUCCCACGCCAUCGUGGGACUCAUGGCCAAUGUGGGCGGCUUCCUGGCGGGUCUGCCCUUCAGCACCAUCGCCAAGCACUACAGCUGGAACACGGCCUUCUGGGUGGCCGAAGUGACCUGCACAGCCUGCACCGUGGCCUUCUUCCUCCUUCGGAACAUCCGCACCAAGAUGGGCCGCAUCCCCAAGAAAGCCGAGUGAAGCGAGGGCGCGUUCCAGGACAUGCAUUUCCCCUGCACAGUGCUGGGGCUGCCCUGGCCAGCUCGGAACCUUCCGCUUGCCCUUUCUGAAGUUAUCAGUGGCUUAGGAGGCCCCGGCUGCCCGUCUUAAGCGCUAUUUAAAUGACCGCCUUUGUACUCAGACUCCACUAGCUCCUAUUUUUUGCCUUUAGAGGCAGGAGUUUUUGUGGUCAGGGAGUCUUCCUUUCCCUCCUCCCCGCCUGGGGUGAAGGUUCUGCUGUGGCAGGUUCUGGGGGCCCCAGCUUUGACCCUAAGGCCUCUCAGUUGGGGGCCCCUGCUAGAGCCAGUCCCCCACCUCCCCACUCCAGGGCCUGAGGUCACUCACCAGUGCCCUGUGUUCAGCAGGGGGUAGAGGUACCAGGGUAGGGUGACUUGUUAUAGAUUAAAACUAGAUUUGAUACUAAACACUGCCAGGAAGUCCUUCUUUCAACAGGGGUACUGGAGGCCAGGCAGCUUUGGAAAGUCCCUUCAGUACCUGUUUCCCCAAAAGAGAGGCCCGGCUUCCAGGAAGGACAAAGAACUUCUACAUUUUGGUUUGGAGCCUCACUAGGUGCUUGGAGGCCUCUCCCAGCUCUGCCCUGCGUGCGUGUGCGGCCAGGGAUCCACCGGGCUCCUUUGAGUACAGAACACCUCUAGCCCUACAUUAGCCCUUCCCCAUGCAGUCUCCUUGCCUUCUCGACAUCAUCUAAAUCAGGACUCAGCCUCUUCACCUGUGCACACGGUGAAGCACGCAUACACCCUAGGGCAGAGGCCGUCAGUCAGAAUCCAGGCGGUAGAAUGGUGCUUUUCCAUCUUCCUACACCCGCACUGCCCACAGAGCCCAAUGCUGCUGCUGUCAGUGGCCCUUACAGGCCACAGGCUGACCAGAGGGAGGAGGCAGCGCUCCCAGCUCACUGCUGGUGCUGGUAGAAAGUGUGGUUCAGACGGAAGCUGUCGGUGAUGAACCUGUACAUCUGGGACCCAGCGUCUUGCCAAGUCCCUUGUUUGCAGUAGAACAUUCCCCGUAGGCGGGGAGAAUAGAGGUGGGUAAGUGGGCAUGUCUGGCUGUGGUCACCCCCCCAGACAGAUCCUAGAG